AUGGAUGGCAUGAUUGUCAUGUUCGCGCCCGGCAAGGGUGAUCGAGAGGCUGGAAUCAAAGCCAUCAAGGACUUCGGCAUCCCCAAUGCCUUCCUCGACUUGACCAUGAAAGCAAGCGUACGCUUCAAGCAGUCGGAUUUCGUAUCCUCAUUGCUGGAUACUGUGGAAAUCUUAGAUGAGAUCUACACCACUGAUAUGGGCUUCGAUCCGAACCCUUGGCGCACGGAAGAGAAGAUCAAUUGCGACCCAGGCAAAGGAGAGAUCAGCGUGAACCUGGUGGACCUGAUGGAGUUUCUCGACCUGAAGCCUGACGGGACCAUGGAUGACAAGAAAAUGAAAGAAGCCGAGGACGCUUUUCGCACGUGGAAGGAAUCAGAUGCCUUCAGGCGUCGAGUUGUGGGAAUUCUCACAGAAGAAGGAAGAGGAGUGGCCAACUACAAGGACUACGGUGCCUUGUCAAGAUGGUUGCGCAAGCACUUCCCACAAGAUGAAGAAUAUCGAGUCUUAGUCCAUGCCCAUGGUGGUGAUGGAAACACCCAGGACGCUGCUAGCGUCGAGGCGGUCCUGGAAGGAGCAAAUGGGGUGUGGGCAGCAGUCAUUCCACAAGCUGCUCAGUCUGGGCACAACUCCAGCAUGGUCUUCCUUGACAACAUGCUGCAGAUGGGCAACGGGCAUGUUUUGGAUGACUUCUGGCUUCAUCAGGCCGCUCAAUGUGCCCGUCACAUCUACUCCCUAAACUUCAAUAGCUAUGCCAUCCCCGACGAUUGUCCCAUCUGGGGAGCCAGAGUUGAUCAGCUGCUUCACACGGCUUUCAGCACGGUCUCAGGAGAGGAGUGGCGGCAGCGACGUUGCAAAUAUUAUGAUAUUUGGGGAGAUGACGCAAGAGCGCAGAUUGGUCGAAUGACCAAAUCCACAGAUCUGCAACACAAAGUGGCGAUGCUGCGGAGCCUAUCCCGCGGAGGAAACUACCGAAUCUCACCACUCGUGUCUGAUGUUGAGACAUGGCGGAAGCGCAUUGUUGAACUCGGAGCAGCUGUGGUUGGACCUAGGGGACGGGCAGGAGAUCACGUGAAAGAAGUCCGAGAUCUUGGCUUCGCCCUGAUGAACGCGGGUAUUCGAGCAAACAUGAACGAGGCAGCCACCCUGAAGCAGCUCUGGGACAUCGCAACACGCAACAAGACAGAGAAGAUCAGGUGUGACCAGGUUGCUGGAUACUUGAAAGCUCAACAGCACCAAGGAGAGAAGGAGUAG